GCAUUCACAAAUCAAAAUAAACACAAAAAACUCGAGGUAUUUUUCGAAAGCGAAGAUUUAAAAAUUAAAAAUAAAACAAAAUUAAAAGAACAAUCAUCUCUUAUUACACUAAGGUCAACUUCUUCCAAAGCCCAACAACGGAAUACUCUAAG